GCAUUUGACAUCUUGUAGGGGAGGGGAUAGCCGUUUAACUUACGGGGGUGUGGAAAUGUUUUCUUUUUUUCCAACAAGAAGUCAAGCGGGAACCUUUGGAAAGAAGAAAGGAAUUUUAUUUUCGUAAUGUUUGCAUGUAUCUCACAUUUAUUUCCAUAGUUGUUAAUACAUAAGGGAACCUUACGGGAAAUGCUACAUUAAAAAUUUGCUUUGUAGACCCUCACUGAUGGACGGUGGUUACUUGGUGGAAAAUAACCUAGCGCCAGAUCCCGUCAACAGGAUGGACUCUAUAGACGGCAAUCAAAACAGGAAAAAUUUCAGCGUGACCCAUCUUCUGGACCUGGAGGAGGUGUCGGUGAUGAGCUGCAUGAAGGAUCCAGCUGGGGGGAUGAAGAGGGUAGGGAAGGGGAUUCAGGAACAGUCCGGCGCGAGCAGCGGAAGCGAAGCAGCUCCUCAAGACACUGAUGGUCACGGGUCUGCACCAGACCAGGCAAAGAGGAAGAAAAAGCAGAGGCGCAGUCGGACCACCUUCAACAGUGGGCAGCUGCAGGCAUUGGAGCGGGUCUUCGAGCGCACGCACUACCCCGACGCCUUUGUGCGGGAAGAUCUUGCCCGCCGGGUCAACCUGAGUGAGGCACGAGUCCAGGUGUGGUUCCAAAACAGACGUGCGAAAUUCCGACGGAACGAGAGGGCUGUGCUGGCCAGCCGCUCCAGCAGCCUGCUCAAGUCCUACAACCAGGACAUGGUCAUUGAGCAGCCAGUAGCUCCACGGCCUGCCCCCCUUGGCUCAGACUACAUGUCCUGGUCCUCCGCCACACCCCACAGCUCAGCCUCCGCCUGCAGCUCCUCAAACUCACCCACGGGCAGACAGGGAGUCGACAUGGCGAGCAGCAUCGCCAGCCUACGGCUGAAGGCUAAGGAGUACAGCCUGCAUCAGAGCCAGGUUCCCACCGUGAACUGAUUAGCACAUCCAUAUACUGUCCUUGUUCACCCAAUCCAGGGGCAGGCUAAUCAAGAAAAGCGGAGGAUUAGCGCAUAUGCUACCUAUAGUAGGGAUUCUGAACAACGCCUCUAGCUUGUUUGGCUCCAUCUGCAGCUAAAACAAGCAUCUCUGUAGCACACAGGUGGUACCAGGGUCCUCAUACCUUGGAAGGACAAGAAGAGCAAAGUUCAACGUGUGACUGAAAUCUUUAACUCCUUUCUCAUUUUAUAUGGAAACUACUGUCUAUUAGAUAUGCUGUCAAAGGUUUGUUUAUUUUAACACUCUCUAAAGAUGUCUCGCAUUCUUCUUAAAUGUAUAAAGUACACAGCUGGAAUUGC